GGAUAAAGACUUCACUGUGAGCACUGGACAGCUGCAUCUCGGCUUAUCUUGACUUAACCUUUGUUGAAAGUUCGUUAUAUACACAUAUAUAAACCAAAGAAGUCUCGAGGCAAAAUCAUUUAAAGUCAGUUUACAGAAUGAUGAUUCGAGAAAUAUUUCUGGUUUGUCUUCUCGGGGCAUGCACAUGUCAUCAGCUCCACAUUGCUAACCGUUGUUCACAUACGGUAUGGGUCGGAAUUCUCGGAAAUUCAAUUCCUGAUGGAGGUGGAUAUAUGUUAAGUGCUGGAUCCUCUAGAACUACUAAUGUCCCUAACCAUUGGUCUGGACGGGUAUGGGGAAGAACCGGUUGUUAUGGUAACAAGUGCGAAACAGGUGACUGUGGUGGUGGAAAAAUUCAAUGCAACGGAGCAGGUGGCGCCCCUCCUGCAACACUUGCUGAGAUUACAUUCGACGCCGGCGGUCUCAGGGACUACUAUGACGUCAGCUUAGUUGAUGGAUACAACCUACAAAUGUCUAUGAGUCCUCGGGAUGGAUACAGGUCCGGAAGCGGCCAUUACUAUUGUUCAAGAGCAGGUUGCAAUACUGAUCUAAACAAGAAUUGUCCAAAUGAGCUUGCCGUUUAUGGCACAGGAGGAGUCGUGGCUUGUAUGAGUGCUUGUCUGGCAUUCAACUUGGAUAAGUACUGCUGCAGGGACUCUUAUAACACACCGCAAAAAUGUCCCCCUUUCAGUUAUUCUCAAACGUUCAAAGAUGCGUGUCCAGAAGCAUAUAGCUAUGCAUACGACGACCAAGCAAGCACUUUCACGUGUGUCGGUAACUCUGUUGGUUCAACUUCGUAUGAUAUUAUCUUUUGUGGCUGAUAAUUUGUUGUAUUUUGUCGUCAAUAAAGA